GAACAUGUGAGUGAGCGAAUACUGCAAACCGAUUAUUACCCGGAGCAUCAUUGUUUAUGUUUUGUAUUAUUUUCUGCAUGAUGUGAGUGUUAGUUUCUCCAUACUUAGAAGUUGUGUGAUAUUUCUUUGUUCUUCUUUUUCGACUCCAGCCAGGCAUAUUGGGUUUCUGGACAAUUGCAUUUUUGCAUGUUGUUCGGAUUCCCUAGGUUGGCGGGUUGUAAGUACCUAGUAGUUGUAAAGUAAGUAUAGUAAGUUAGUAGUACCUCUCCGUCUCUCUAAUAUUUUUUUAAUGCAUGAUAGAUCAUGAUGUCAGUCUACAUUGUAGAGUAGUUUCCGUUCAUUCUCCUUUGUUACGCAGCUGUGCCGUCUUAGUGGAGUAGAUAGUUGGGACAGAGGAAGAUGACGAGUUGCAGUAGAGGCCUUUUAUGAAUACAUUGAUGUUCUUGUUGUUGUUGUUGUUAUACAUUAUGUCUUUUUCUACAUUAUGUCUUUUUCUAAUGUUUUUAGGCAGUUGAUAGGGCAAAACAUAAUCCAUCCGAAACCCUGUCAGUAGGAGAAUGAGUUCUUAGCAAGACCACGGUGCAGGAUUUUAUAAAUUUUUGAGUUCUUAAAAAUCUUAUAUGUUCUUACCCAUGAUUUGAUUGGAUGAUUAUUUUUGUUGUAUAGUCUUUGUCUUUGGUUCUUCUCUCUAUACUAGGUCGUUGCUGCAAAAGCCAACCGCAUAUGUGAUGAAACCUUAGUACUUAGUUUGUUCAAACUGAUUUCUUAUUUGAUGAUUUCUUUGUUCAAGAAAAUUUGUAGACCACUGACUCGACCCAUUGAAAUUCACCUUUUGUUCUACCUCUUACGUCUAGUACCAUAGCUACUAGUCCGUCUUCUUCAUAGAUAUAAGUAAAAAUAACAAGAACAUGAUGUUAAUCGGUCGUGAAGAAAGAUCACAUUAAUGUUUAUUCUAUGAACGAUGACGGCGGUUCUCGAUGAGCAAUUAUUGCAUAGAUCGUGGAGCGGUCAAGAGCUGAUCUCUAGUACUAGUGCUAGUGGUGUUGGGGAUCGUAGUGCUGGUAGUGCUAGUGCUAGUGAUGAAGGAACGACUGGCAAUACGGGUGAAGAGGACUACGACUACGAUUUUCAGCCUCUUCAGCCUCAUUUGAGGUUGAAGGUUGAAGGUGAGGUUGAAAGAGACAGGUGGAAGUUCGAACAGGAGGCAGCGUUUGUCGUGGACGAGCACGAGGAGCAAAACGUUCUAGCUCCUCCUGCUGAGGAAAUCUAUACUCCUUCGUAUUUGUUUGGUGAGCAACAUCAGCAUAGACAUAGUAGUGCAGAGCACAGCCACAACAGGUGUCUCGUUGAACAGGAACACAAUAGUGGUGAACGUCAAAGUCUUGUUCAACAAGAAGAUGUUGACACCAGUUUUCCAUUGGACCACGUUGAAUUCGGCCACGCCCUUCAGGUGGUGCAGGAACGAUCCGACACCGCCUCCACGAUCAGCCAGGCGAUCUCGCAUCGAGAUGACUUCCUCGACUUCGAUCCAUCAGCAUCUGAACCACUUCUGACAACCUCGAAGUCGAAUGUGUCGAAAGCUACAACAAGUGCGAGAACAGUAGGCUCAACAGCUGCUUCGACGAGAGACCUAGGAGCGACGACGAGGGAAGAACAAGGAGAUUCGAGAGAAGAGCAAGAAGAUGGUGGAGUUGGAGAACAUCAUGGUGCUGGAGAGGAGGACGUGGAAGAUGGGUGUGCACCUGGUGGGGCUGCAGCAGAGGAGAAGCACGCAGGAGACGCACAAGCUUGUUCGGCAGAAGCACAACCUCCACAACAGGAGGCUUCUUGGUCAUCCUCUCCAUCAGAGCAUCCAUCUGGAUUAAUAGAACAACACCAAGAAAAGGUCAUCCUUCCCAACAGCACAGACACAGAGGGAGUUGAAAAGAUCCUAACGCGCUUCGAAAAUCGGCGAAGUAAGAAUGCAUUAGAGCUAUCCCUUUCAUCGUCUAGCUCGUCGACAGGAGGAGGCUUCACGUUGCGAGAAGCCAAAAGCGCACCAUCAGGUCUGAAUUUGGCAGGUCAACGAGUACAACAAGAUACAUCUUCACCUGGUUCCGCAGAUGCGACAGGAGGAGUACUUGCUAGUCCAGAUUUGCCAAUAGUGUCGCCUACAGGAAACGAUUUACAUAAAAUUUUAACAGCUUCCGCUUCUGGAGGGGUACGAGAAGACGAGUCAACUACACCUAGUACAACUUUGGCUCCGAUACUAGGUUCUUCAGCAACCAGCAGUAUAAAGAACAAUUCUAUCUUCACUGCUAGUCAGAACGGACCAGCGCUUGCUUCAUCUAGAGGAGGCUUCGGCCGCACCACUAGUUCUCCAGCGAAUCUGCAUGCGCGUAACAAUUGCGUGAUGAAGGAGGACCCUUGGAGAGGAUGGCGGAUUCUGAUUGACCGUUUUUACCUGUACUACUACAAUCCCGUGAGGAACGAGAGUGUCUGGGAGCUUCCACGCGAUUUAUACGGCGUCUUAGGCGAGUGGAAGCCAAUAAUGUCCUCGUCCCACACGGGCGAAAGGUUCUGGUUCAACUCGCAAGCACAGCUGUCUUUGUGGGACGAUCCGCGGCGAACGUGUGACGUUUUUUCCGCGGUUUUGACGGGGAACACGCUGUUCCUACACCUCUUUUUCGAGUGUGCGGGAGAUUUGGAGGUAGCGCAUCCGGAUACUGGUGCGUCGCUAGUUCACUAUGCAGUUGCCAGUGGAAACUGGAAAGUUCUCGACUUUCUUCUCCGGAAACUCGAAGCCUCGAAGAAGAUCCAUUUGCUAAACCGUACAGACAAGGAGGGGAUGGAGCCAUUGGUCUACACAGUGCGGACCGGAUAUUGGAAUUUGGUACUAUAAGUAAGUACACGUGGUCACCUAUUUGAUGAAGGCUACAGAUCAUUUAUAAUGUGACUAAUGACAUCCUCCGUGACUGCUCUCCAACAGGUCCGUCCACUCUGCGAAGCUGGUGCUGACGUCGGCAACGCGUUAGCUCUCGCACAAAGUGCAGGAGCACUUGAGUGCAUCCGAGAACUUUUUCCCUAUGCGUCAGAGGAUGGUAAGCGAGAUGUGGAUGCUUUGCUAAGGGCUAGCGGAAUGUUCCCCCAUGACCGAGGGCGGGGCGGUCUUCGAGGUGGUGUCAAUGAUGCUAGCUUAGGUUUUGGCUCUUCAGAAGCUCACAACGGCAACGCGCAAAUCUCUGAGCAUCUUCAAGUGGGAAGAGAUGGUCGAAGUAGGGGAAACGGACUAAUUGCGGAAGAUGCGCCAGCAUUUCUCUCUGCCCGCGGGGGUGCAGAGGACUUUUCUUCUGGAGCAGCCGGCACUCAUGGAGGGGAAGAUGGCAACGUCGUGAGUCAAAACACAAUCACGACAACUUCUUCUUCUAGGCAGAACAAUCUAGUGGGUGGAGCACGACAGCGAGACACAGAAAAAUCUUCUGUUGAUGCGAUGAAAGCACCACGCGGAGGAGUAGGAGGCACAACAUCCGACAUUUCGUCCACAAGUGAGCGGGAGAUGGAGGAGACACCCAAAGUGUUGCGGCUAGUGUCGAACAUUGUAGAAGGCGUCUUCGGAUCCUGGGAAGACGACGAAGAGGAAUUCCAGGAUGCCUCUGAAGAAGGAGCAUUGCUGCCUAGUAGAACUAGAGAGGAAGAGUUGCAGCAGCUACAAGCGCAACAGCAAGAGGACAUAGAUGCUGAGAGGAGCCGAGAUCUGAGGCUACGAAACUUGUACGAGGACAUGCACAAAAACCUGUACAAGAACAGACGAAGUGGAGUACUACUAUCUACCUCCUCACUUGGAGGAUCAGGCGGAGGUCGACCACGAGCGGAGGGGUCUCCAACUACGUCAAUGAUGCAGGAGUCGACGCAGCAGAUGAUGGGUGAGAGCUCAAGCCAGCUUCCCAGUAUAGACGAAGGACAGAACAAAAACGACCUACUUGAGCACCAUGAGGAGGGGCAAAAUGGAAACAUUAGCAUGGGUAAACAACCGCACCAGCACUCCUAUGGGGAGCUUCGUCAGACAGCAACACCAGCAACACAACAUGACUCUUAUUACUACAACGGAAAUGGGACCGCUGCUGGUUCAUAUGAUGCGGCGGCAUCUGCGUGGGACGCUUCACACGUCGGGAAUUCUACUCGUCCUUCUUCACCUGACUGGCAGCCGACUUGGCAGCGCCCAGAUCAACAGGCGCACCAGGAGUAUUACAACAAUUAUGCUGGUGUUCCUGAUCAUUCUGAAUACAACAACGAAGAAGUAGGAGGUAAUACCUUAUGGCAGUCGACGGAAGCUGAACAAGUUGAUGUAGGAGCACACGACUGGUCGUCGGGACCGCGUCAAGAACAUGCAGUUGAGGAAGAUCACAGUACCACUAGUACUCGAAGGCCAGUAGGAUCAGUGCCGUUAGGGGGUAAUAGUCAGGACGAUCAAGAGUGGCAAGCCUGGCCACAGCAAGUACCGCAAAUGAGCCACUCCAAUGGUACACCGCAUGAUGAUGUAUUACAGGAGGAGGAGCAGAUCAAUCACGACUACUAUAAUGCAGCAAGAACACCAGAGACACCUGCAGCGAAGAGCAUGUUUGACGACUACUAUACGGGAGAAGAGGCUGCUCAGAUGGACCUCCAGUUAGCUGGCGAUACAAAUAAAAGUAGCACACCUGCUUCUAAGAAAGAAGACAAGACCGAGAAGGAGUUUCUUUCUACACCACAACAGUCACCCGCACCUUCCUGCUCAUCAACGGCAGCGCCUGAUAGUGCUUUCCGCGCCAUGUCUCCGCAAACAAUAUCCAAGCACUUCGACUGGGCCUCUGAUCUGACUACAGAAUUUCCUUCGGAGGAGGAGCUUGGACUGAACAGCAAGAACUUUUUGGAUGGAGGUAACGAUGUUGAAGCAGGUGUACACGUACAAGCUGAACCUGUAGGUGAGAACGAUAGCCAACAAACAUUGCCUUUGCCCGAUAGCGGAGGCUCAGUGUCUCCGAUGUGCAGCAGCCGGCCAGAAAUAACGCCUGAAGUGCUGCGCAAUGAGGACGAUAGGCAGCAAGGGGUCAAGAAGUGGAGCCAGGUAGAAAUUGAUCCUUCUAGUAAGACUAGAAGUUCUACAAGUAGUACUCAUGCUUCUGUCGUUCAGCAGCAUCACAAUCAUCUCGUUCGUGAAAAUCGCGGCCUCUGCCAACACCAAGAGAACUCCAGUAUUACUACUAGAGAGGACCAUAACAUCAACAUCGUUAACCCGCCCCAACAAGAGGAUGCAAUGAUGACCACAAAUAAGAAGAGUGGGACGGAGACGACAACGACUCCGAGUAGUGUGGAUGGCUCAACGAGAUCGACAGGCGUGCCUCCUGCUGAUUCAGCAUUCCCACCGAUCCCACCUGAGGAACCGUUGGGCAAUUCUUCCCCUAGGAGAACAGUCUUAGAUGAUGAUCAUGAAGGUAUUAUUUUAGAUGUAGACAGGAGUCAUGCAUAUAAAAAUCAUGAUGAUCGGACGAGACGAGGUGGAAACAAAGUAGGUGAUGUAGGACGAACUGUGCUGCCCGAAGAUGAGCAGACGACCACUACGCACAAAAUUGAAGAUAGCAUAGCUUUUCUCGGAGGACCAAUGAUACCUUCUUCGAACGAUAUAAUCGUAGGAGUUAGCUCUCCGGUGCCACCCUCUAGUACCACGUCCCCUUCCAGAAUGCUCAAAACGUCUUCUUACAGUAGAACCAUUACUACUACCACAACGUCCAGAACGAUACACCAUUCGAUGGCUACAUCUUCUUCGCAACUACACGAAGAGGAUCUCCCACCAGCCCAAGAAAAUUAUGGUGGACCUCCCAGUUCAUCGACUGAAGACUCGACAUCAGACGCGCACGCGCUGUCUCCGGAAUUGAGUGGGCAUCCACAACAAAUGGGCCUCGAGGAGAUCGAAGCGGAGCUCGGUGCGAUUCCUAUCCCGAACUUGAGUCCGGUGAUCGACGGCGUAGUGCGUAAUCGUGGGAUCCGCCCACCGGACGCAAGACCUGUGCCAAGAGCCUUGCUGGUGUUGCCACGUGGUUGUAGAGAUUCAUUAAGGGUAGGUUAAAGGUGCUUUUCUUACCGCUUUUUAUGCCUCUCUCCCUUAGGGGGAGAAAGGCAUAAAAAGCGGGGUAAGCAAGCACCAAAAACCUACCUCUAAAUUCAUCUGGUACGGGAGGUAGUUUUGGAGGUGGAGGUAGAGGCAGUGGGAGUGGAGGCCUUCAUAGUCGAAACAACGGCUCACUAGGAGGUAAUGGUGCCUCGUCUCUUUCUGCUCUAGGAGAUGAGGACUGCUAUGACGACGAAACUUCCUGUCCAAGAAGAUACGCCAUGGUCCUCCUGAAAAAACCACUCUAUGUAGUCCGCGAUUCGCGUGUGGUCAGCGUCUUAGGCACGUUCUGGCGUCUCGCGAGACAGCCCUCUGCAAUCAUCCGCUCAGUCGCUAACGUCAUUCUCAACCUGUUCCCUCCACUCGUCGAAGAAACCCGAACUUUCCAUCAGUUGUCUACUGUGGAAGAAGGGGAACUCUACUAACUACUUGAGUACCUUAGAGUGUUAGAGUUGCAUGGCCUUCUGGUUGUAAUCCCGCAAGGACCUCAUGAAGUACUACCGCGUAUAUUAGCCACGUCCCCAUAUUUUUAUAGUCAUACAUCAAGCAGAUGAAUCGACUUCCCCGCAGCUGCAAGCACAACAACAAGCGUAACGCCUUUGAAAUUUUCAUGUGAAGACAUCGAUCACUGGAGCCGCAUUUUUCGCUCUCGACCAUCAAACUCGGAAGUAGUAGCACUUUUACUCGCAAAGUAGUGAUUCACAAAUAUUAUCAGCACAAAAGCGCCAGACUGGACAAGUCGACUAGAAUCUCGACCACUCCCGAAGCCCUUCGCGUUUUCUUUCUGGCAGGUUCUUACUUCAUCGGAUGAUACCUACGAUAAGUGGCGUCCGUGUUCUUUGAUAGUUUAUGAUCAAUACACGAUAUCGGACCAAGUAGAAGUAGACCAACAUACCACUACCAGUACAAGUACUAGCUAUGGCUAUCAUCUAUCAACAUGGAUUAAACCAUGAAAAUUAGACCUUACACAGGCCUUACUGCAAAACACCUCUUGCUAGGCACAGUCAUUCAUUCAUUCAUUCAUUCAGUUAAAAAGACGAAUGUUGAGCGUUACGAGAGCCUCACUUUUCUGCGUUCAGCAUUUCUUCCCCGUGAAAAAUGACGUUUUACUACUAAGAAAUUAAAGUCUUCCUCUUUCUCAGAGUCUUCACAUCCAUGAGGACACGGUGGUGAAUUUUUAAGUCCGACAUUUUCGAAUCUGAAUCAACAGUUCUUCAUCUUCUUGGUACCUACUACAAUGACCACGGAGGUCGUGAUAAAGAGAAAGCGAUUGGCUUUCCAUGAUAAAGAGACUUUUCUUUUCUUUGGGUUUACAUUUAGACACUUACUGUAGCAAGAAACAACUCGAGGUAACAAGCAUGCAAGACGCAGACUUUUGAGCAGCAGUCACUCUCACUCCCAGGUCACAAUAGCAGUCAGCGUCACCACCUUAUGAAAUAAAAAGUAAGUACUAAAAAUAUUAACAACCGUCACCAAGACAAACACAGAGAUAUAAUAUCUCUGCUGCUGCUGCUGCUGCUGCAGUAUGAAGAGUAGAACAUCAUCGUUGUAUGUUAAAAAACUGCAACUUGUACCUUAUUCUGGCUGGUGCGAUCAGCCGCCCUCGCACCACGACCCGACUAUAAUCGACAUGUCGAUGACCACACAACAUGUUGAUGACUACACACCCUUUGAUGUCAUCUGUACAUAGUAGAUCUGUAAUCUUCGACAUCAAAACGAACACUGAACAAUUACAAGUGGAACAUGUUGGUGUACUUAUAACGUUCAACUAUGUGCCUGCCUCUCGAGUGCUCCUUGGACGAUGCUGCUCGAGAGGUACUACUGCAUGAAGUCAACAUUGAGUGGCCGAUCGGAAUACUGAAAAUUACAACUAGAUUUGCUAGGCAGAACUGCUACGGCAACAAAUAGAUUUACGAACGUGAUGAAUGUAGAUGACUGUUUGUGAUCGUUGUACUAAAAAAACUACGAAAAUUUUACGCUGUACAUUAUUCUUUGUCUACUUGCUGUCUAGAUCAUGCUGAGUCGUAUCUCUAUAAAGGUCGUGGUAAGUUCUCUUUUAGAUCUAGAAGUAUGUUUUUUAGUCUUCCAAUGUCAAUCUUCUAUGUGGGCUUAAGUGAAAAUGUCGUUGUCAUCGAUCUUUUUCAUCCCGGCCUUUGAUGACCGAGGAAACAAGACAUGUUGUUGGUUCAACACAGAUGCGUCCAAUCGGCAAGGCUUUCUUACACUUACAACUUAUUCGCUGUUCUUGUAUUUUUCUUGCCUCCACCUAGUAGUGGUUAAACAACUAUUAACAGAAUGUUGUCCUUUCUUGAGACAAUAAUCAACGUUGAUCCUUUCUUCUAUAGGAUGAUUCUUAGGUGAUGGAAACGCAGGAGCCUCUGCAACGCUUCCCCA